CAUUUGCGGUGUAAUAUGAAAGCUGCAAGUGCCCCCUCUUAUAGAAUGCCUGAACCAGCGUUUACUUUACGAACUACAGUAUCGUAUAUAGAGAAAAAAAGAAAACGGCGUGUCGCUAAAGAAAUAGUUACAGGUUGUUGCGGUUGUUGUAAUGCAUUAAGGCCUCGAUAUAAGCGAUUAGUCGACAACAUAUUUCCAGUUAAUCCUCAAGAUGGUUUGGUCAAAUCUAAUAUGGAAAAGCUUACUUUUUACUCCCUUAGUUCCCCUGAAAAGUUGGAUAGAAUUGGAGAAUAUUUUUAUCAAAAAGCAUCAAGAGAUAUUUACAGAAGAAGACAUGGGUUUGUUAUCAUUGCAAUGGAAGCAAUGGAUCAGCUUUUAGUUGCUUGUCAUGCUCAAACGCUGAAUUUGUUUGUUGAGAGCUAUUUAAAAAUGGUGCAGAAACUUUUGGAGUCUACUGAACCAAAAUUGCAAAUUCUAGCAACACAAUCAUUUGUCAAAUUUGCUAAUAUUGAAGAAGACACACCAUCAUAUCAUCGACGUUAUGAUUUCUUUGUGAGUAAAUUUUCAGCUAUGUGUCACAGUAACGAAGACAGACCAUAUAUGAGAAACCAGAUAAGAUUAGCAGGAAUACAAGGCUUGGAGGCAGUUGUGAGAAAGACAGUUUCUGAUGAUUUAGUAGAAAACAUAUGGGAACCAGUACAUAUGGACAAGAUUGUUCCCAGUUUAUUAUUUAACAUGCAAGAGUCUGGAUUCCACAUGAAAGAAGUUGGAAGUGUGGAAGCAGCUCCUGAAGAUGAACUGGACCCCCCUACCCUUGCAGAGUCUUGUUUGAGAGAACUUGUUGGAAAAGCUUCAUUUGGACAUAUAAAAGCUGUUUUAAAGCCUGUUCUAAGACAUUUUGAUCUGCAUGAAUUGUGGUGUCCAAACCAGUUUGCAGUUCAUACCUUUAGAAUAAUUAUUUUUUCUAUUCAAGCCCAGUAUUCCUACACAGUGGUAGAGUCAUUAAUGGCACAUCUAGAUGAAAAUUCUAAAUCUUCACCUGAAAUUAGAACUAGCAUUGCAGACGUACUUUCAAAAAUAAUUGCCAUUGCAGCUGGUGAAAGUGUUGGUCCCAGUGUGUUAGAAAUAAUUAACUCUCUCCUCUGCCAUUUACGGGACUCUGUUAAGAAUGGAAUAAACCAAGCGGAAGAGAAACAGUAUCAAGACGCUCUAAUUAACGCCCUUGGUGAAUUUGCAAACCAUCUACCUGAUUAUCAAAAAAUCGAGAUAAUGAUGUUUAUCAUGAGUAAAAUUCCGUUCCCACCUAAAGUCAACCAGACACCUGCAGACAAUUUGCUUCAAAGCAUUUUACUGAAGAGUUUGCUGAAGGUCGGAACAAAAUAUCAAACAAUCCAUUUCAAUACAACAUUCCCAGUUUCAUUUCUGGAACCUUUAUUGAGAAUGUCGCUCGCUCCUGAUCCUGAGAUGCGACUUUUGGUCCAAAAAAUUUUGCAUACGUUAAUCGACAGGCACAAUAAUCUUGAAAAGUUGUCAAAAGCAACGGUUUUAGUAUCAGAUUUGGAUCUGGUGUUGGAAAAAUCUUCCAGACCCGAUUUAAUAUUUAUUAAUAAGCAUGGUCCUGUGAUCUACGAUGCUCUGUACACAAGUUUGCAGAUCGAAACUAACUCCGUGGAAAAUAUCGAGGCCAUUUACACCACUGUAUCUCUUUUGUGUGUGGAACUGGCAAGUGCAGAAGUCGUAAUAGACAUCAUACAACUUUUAUUAGGUAUUCAAAACUUGGCAAUCACAAACACUUCUUUAUCAGCCUCACAAGCUUACAAUUUGCACGUGUUGGUUAUUAGCGUUUUUGAGCUUAUUUGUGUUGUAUUUGACUUGCCCUCGUUGCAAAAAUACGCCAAUAAAAUAAUCGCAGCUAGACGUAAACAGGAUCAUUUUCUUCUACCUGAAAUGUUGUCGCAUUAUCCUGAUAACCACUAUCCAAAUCCCAAAGAACCAUUCGUUUAUCUCGAACAGACUGCGAUUUGUGAUAUCCUGAGAGAAGACGGUCUAGACCCUUCUAGAUUGUCUCAAACUUCGCCAUAUGGUGCUGGUGGACCUGGUGCAAUUGCUGGCACGUCCCAGAGACAUAGCUGGAGCGAAACCAACGCUCGGGGCAGUGUCGUAGAUAUAGGAACCACCCAGGACGUCGAUAGCGAGUCCAGUUCUCCAGGCGUGCAAAAGAAAUUGCCAGAAGAGAAACUCACAUUUGAGCACAUGAAGAGGGUCCUUACUGAACCUCCAGAAGCCAGAAAAGAAGCUGAAGCUGAAAAGAGAGAAGAACUUAAUAACUUCUUUAGGACAGCUACUCUUGCAGAAAUAAUGCAGAGAACAAAGCCUAAGCACGAAGAUCUGCAAACGAAACUCCAAGAGAUAUUUAAAUCGUUAUCAUCGUCUGAGGUUCACAGGAGCCCCACACACCAGAAAAAAGUCGAGCAAGAAAUUCCGGUUUAUGAACAGAACUUUCCAGAAAUGUUUGCUUAUUAAAUGUAUUUCAGAUUUCUUUUCUUACUACGAUAAAUACGAUAACAGUAAAUGUGUUCAAUUAUUAUAUUACUCUUACGUGUAUUUGAUUAUUAUUAUUUGUGAAU